AGUAACUCUUUUUGAGGGUAUUCAUUUCCAACACAGCUGCUUGAUUGAGCCAGACCCAGAUCUCUGCCAUUGAAAUACCUCAAUUCUAAGAAGCAAGGUCAUGUCCGGGGAGAGACCUAGAAGAGGUGUUCUGCCUCCGGCUCAAGAGAAUAUUGAGAAAUUAAAGAAAGUUGUUGAAGAGGGUAACUACUAUGGAGCUCAACAGAUGUACAAGUCUAUAAGUGCAAGAUAUGUAUCUGCCCAAAGGUUUUCUGAAGCUUUGGAUAUUAUUCAUUCAGGUGCUUGCAUCCAAUUGGAUAACGGGCAGGUAACAUGUGGAGCAGAGCUAGCUGUGUUGUUUGUGGAUACACUUGUCAAAGCAAGAGUUUCUUAUGAUGAUGAAACCCUUGACCGUGUCAGGAAAAUUUACAAUAAGUUUCCUCAGAUCCCUGUACCACAACAUUUAGCUGAUGAUGACGAUGUACAACAGCUUUCUGAAGCACUUGGGGCAGCAAAAACACGUGUAGAUGGUUGCUCAUCAUUUUUAAAAGCUGCUAUUAGAUGGUCUGCAGAGUUUGGAGCACCCAGAAAUGGUUCACCUGAACUGCAUGUUAUGCUAGCAGAGUAUAUAUAUUCUGAAUCUCCUGAGGUGGAUAUGACUCGAGUAUCAAAUCAUUUCAUUAGAGGAAACAACCCAAAAAAGUUUGCUUCUGUUUUAGUAAAUUUCAUGGGCAAGUGUUAUCCAGGAGAAGAUGAUUUGGCUAUUUCUCGGGCAAUUCUAAUGUAUUUGUCUUCAGGUAAUCUCAGAGAUGCUAAUCAACUCAUCGAUGAAAUAAAGAGUCAAGUUGAAGAUAGGCAGCUUGACCUUCCUCAUUCAGAUUUGAUCCAAUUCAUUACUUUUCUGCUACAAACGUUGCAGAGAGAUGCUUUACCUCUUUUUAAUAUGCUAAAAGUGAAAUACAAAUCAUGUAUAGACAGAGAUCCUUCUUUUAAGGAGUUGCUGGAUGAUAUUGCUGAAAAGUUCUAUGGAGUACGACGUAGAAAUCCCCUGCAAGGAAUGUUCGGUGAUAUCUUUAAGAUGAUGGGGGCAGAGUAGCAAUUCAAUGACAAUUUUGAUAUCAACUCCUAUCCCAAGUGAUCUGGCUAAUUAACUUAUAAUCUGCCUUUAAUUGAUGCGUUUGAUACGUUUCGGCAGUUACAAUUUUCUUUUUCUUGAGCAGAUGUAGAAAUGGAUCAUAAGUGAUCGUUUCACAGUUUUAAUUUUUGGAAGUAUAUAAGUGAGGAACUGUAUUUAAUAUGUUGUUUAACUUCAUAAUGUGUAAACAUGUUAUUUAUUGAAUUGGCUCAAUUUUCUUUGUCCAUCA